GGUUGUAUAAGGAAGGACACACGUGAGUAACGUUACAUCAGUUUCUACUUCAUACAGAGUGAGUAAAAGUUUUGUCAGAGACAUUUUUUAUUUGUUCAUACCUGACGGCACGAUUUGAUACACAAAUACACCCGAUAAGAUACAGCUUCUUUGACUGCGAGACAGCGUUUAAAAGUGGAAAUGUCGAGCCUGUCAGCAGCCAGUGUGGAGGCUUCACCAGCAAUAGAGGGGGGAGAGCAGAAGAAACCUCUGAAACCAUGCUGUGCGUGUCCUGAGACCAAAAAAGCAAGAGAUGCAUGCAUAAUUGAAAAGGGAGAAGAAAGCUGCACACAUCUCAUCGAAGCACACAAGGAGUGCAUGAGGGCGCUUGGUUUUAAGAUAUAACACCACUGUUAUCAUCAGAUUGAGUGAAUGUGUGUGACAACCUGUGUGAAAUGGGACUCGUUGUGGUUCUUUAUUUAUACUUUUACACUGCAGGAAAGAUUAUACGGAGCUGAAUUUAUUCUUCUGAGGGAAAUAUUGUGUGUCUUUUCUUUCUUUUUCUUUCAUAUGUGAUUUGCAUACAUUUAUGGUCAAUAAAGAUCCUAUGCAAGAUGUUAA